AUGCCAUUCAUUGAGUUGGAAACGAACUUGCCAGCUAGCUGCAUACCUGCAGGGCUAGAGAAGUGACUGUGUUAGGCCACUGCCGCCAUCCUGGACAAACCUGAAGACCGCGUGAUUGUGACGUUAUGGCCUGGCAUGACCUUAUUGAUGAACGGAUCCACAGAGCCCUGCGUCCAGCUUCUGGUCUCUUCCAUUGGUGUUGUGGGCAUGGCGGAGAAGAACCACAGCCACAGCUCCGGCUUCUUCGAGUUCCUCACCAAGGAGCUGGCACUGGACCAGGACCGGAUAUGUAUCCGCUUCAUCCCCUUGGAGGCCUGGCAGAUUGAAAAGAAAGGAACUGUCAUGACAUUUCUAUGAUUGAAACAAAGAAUCCAGGGUGCCUGCUGAG